GUAAUGCUCCGCUUGCCUCUCAAAGCUACUGGUGGUCAGGGGGCUGCGAAUCUUAUCUGAUUUUCCAGAGAGGGCUUUGGAGCUGGAUUGAAGAGGCAGGGACAAUAACAGGAAGCGGCCAGAGGAACUGCUGGGCUGGGCUGAUCACUUUUGCCACUGGAGGGGCCUGAUUGUCCAGUGAGCAGCUCUGUGGGAGCUCAGACAGGUUCACAUGCAGCUGGAAACAGACACCGUUGACCUGAGACUGUGGAGGAUAUAAUUUACUGUAGGGAUUUUCGAAUCGAGGAAGACUGUUGAAGGGACCAAAACUCUGAUGAUGAAACAGUCUGCCUGGAGGCAGAUGACUGAGCCUGGCUUCUGGGCAGGUGUCCUGGUCAUUUUAUGUACCCUCAGCGUGGGAGCUGAUGUCCACCAAGCUCUGAAAACACCAUCCAUGCAGAGCAAAGUGCUUCAAAGACAUAAGAGAGACUGGAAAUGGGAUAAACUUUUUGUGAAUGAGGAAAUGCCUCCAAAAAGUCCACCUGAAAAAAUUGGAAAGCUAGACAAUACAUUCUUCACUUCGUCCGCAAGAUAUAUUCUCUCAGGAGACGGUGCUAACAACAUUUUUACUGUAAAUGACAAUGGGGAUAUUGUUGUCAAUGCAAAGUUGGACCGGGAGAAGCAAAGCGUCUACAAACUGUCAGCUUCACUCAUCGACAUUUAUAACAAAAAGCAUCUUGACAGCGAUGAUACGUUUGUAAUAGUGGUCAUGGAUAUUAAUGACAAUAGCCCUGUGUUUCAUCCUGACCAACCUGGAUCCAUCAGCGAGUCUUCUAAAGCAGGAUCAAAAGUAAUGACAGUUAAUGUAACUGAUGCUGAUGAUCCCACCACUCAGAAUGGAAUGGUUGGGUAUAAACUGCUGAAUGGAACAGAUCUCUUCAGCAUCAACAAUAAAGGUGAAAUCAGUACUUUGACAAGCAGCCUUGACAGAGAGAAACAGAGUCAGUAUCUAAUUGCUGUACAAGCCAAAGACAUGCCAGACGUUAUUGGGAGUGGGAAUUCUGCUACUGCCAUUGUGACUAUCAACAUUACUGAUAUAAAUGACAAUAUUGCCACCUUCACUAAAGGACAAUACCGAUUUGAUGUAAAAGAAGACAGCAAACCUGGACAUCAAAUUGGCAAGUUAGAAGUGGAGGACAAAGACGAGAUACAAAACAAAGAUCCAACUUUUACUAUACAUAAAUUUGGUGAAGUGUUUAACAUAAAACAAAGUAAUGAGAAAGAUGGAAUUCUUAGCCUCAAAGUGCCUCUCGACUAUGAAACGCUGAAGGCGUACACAUUUACUGUAAACGUGGAUGAGCACACAGUAUCUAAAUCACCAGAUAACCGAGGACCCAACCUGCUGACGAGAGCCCAGGUUUUCAUCAAUGUAAUUGAUGUGGACGAGCCACCUGUUUUCAGCCAAACUGAAUACAAGUUUAGCAUCAACGAGGGCCCAUUCAAGAAUCCAGUCAUUGGAGCGGUUUCAGCAAAGGAUCCAGAUGCAGCUGCUUACAAAAUACGGUACUCUAUUGAAGACCCAAACUGUCCUGUAACUGUGGAUCCUGUACAAGGACACCUGUCCUUAAAGAAGCAACUGGACAGAGAGGAACAAUCCUCGUACACGUUCCAGGUUACAGCACACGAGGAUAUACCAAAUGGUUUAAAGUCCUAUGCAAUGGUUAAUCUAAAGGUUCUUGACAUUAAUGACAAUGCACCAGAACUAACUAACGGGACCUACGUGUAUGUUUGUGAGAGUGAUAAACCUGGAACGAUCAUCGGGACUGUGGGUGCAUACGACAAGGAUGAAAAUUCAGGCAGAUUCCGUUUCACUCUGGCGAAGAAGAGCUCAAACUUUUCCCUUCAUGACAAUCAAGAUAACACUGCGAGCAUUAAGCUGAAGGAAGGCGGUUUCAGUACAGAGCACUCGGUGGAACAUGUACUGGAAAUCGAAAUUGCAGAUGGAGGUACACCAGAACAGAAGAGCAUUAACGUCCUCCAUAUUAAAGUGUGCACAUGCCAGACGGAUCGACGGGUGGAGUACUGUAUGGCCUACGCCCGGACCGGAAUGAGCGUCAGCGCCAUCUUAGCCAUUCUUCUCUGCAUCAUCACCAUCCUGGUCAUCGUCAUCCUCAUAGUUUUGCGGAGGCGCUAUCAGAAAGAAGUUCUGGUUAACAAGUCUUCUGGCGAGAUCCACGAGCAGCUGGUGAGAUACGAUGAAGAAGGAGGUGGAGAAAUGGACACAAACGGUUAUGACGUUUCCAUCUUGUCCUCUGCUUGUCACGACGGCAGCUUUCGGCCCAGCACUGGGCCUUCUCUGUAUGCCGUGGUAAAGAAACCCUCUGCUUGUAAGGGUGACAUGGCCGUGAUGAUCGAGGUGAAGAAGGACGAGGCCGACCACGACCGUGAUGGGAUUCCCUACGAUACUUUACACAUCUACGGCUACGAGGGAUCUGAAUCCCUGGCCGGUUCCCUCAGCUCUUUGGACUCAUCCUCCACUGGGUCCAAUCUGGACUACGACUUCUUGCACGAGUGGGGGCCUCGUUUCAGGACCCUAGCUCAGCUCUAUGGAGUAGACGGUUCGGACACUGACAGCUCCGACUGAUCCUACUGCAGGCCGAGGUUUACAGGUAGUCAUCGUCCUAGGAGGACACAUCAGCAUGAUGGAGACUGCUGUCUUCUCUUCAUGGGACUUUUUGUAAGGGUCCCUUAAAGAAAGAGAUCAACAAGUGCCAAUACUUGUUUCCUUCAUGCAUUGUUAUGACAUUAUGAUGAGCACUACUUCAUUUGUAAUUUUCAUAGAGCAAGUGUAUGUUAGUAGAAAAACUCGUCUUGGUUUUUCAGACUGGUUUUUCUCCAGGUGGAUUUUGUAUAAAACAGCGUUGGACACUGGUCAGACAAACUCUUUUUUUAGGCUGGUUUAUCCUUACAGCAAAACUGAUUUCAGUUUAACACAAAAUAUUUGCGUUCAUCUUUUCUUUUUGCGUACAUUGUAUUACUCAACCGAAUCUCAUGUAAAAACAUAUUUGUUGCGACUUGGUGGUCAAUUCGUGUGAAUUUGUAUGAUUAGAUUCUAACCGAAAACACAUAACUGAGAUUACACAAAUAAUAUCAAUUUGCAAUUUUCAACCAGUUUUAGAAGUUACAAGUAGCAAUGAGAUUGUGGUGUUUUUUUAUACUUUUUACAUUGUUUUUUGCAUCUUGUAUUCCUUUAAAAAUCCUCAGUUUACCAGUUUUUUUUGUUUUUUUUUUCUAUGUAUACAAGUGUUUUCUGGACUCUUGGUCAGUGUAACUGCAGAGCCAGCAUUGUUCAGCAGACUCGUCUCAUCAGGAAAACUACUGUAUUGCCAUGGGAGCAACAAGGAAGUGGUGAUAACUGUACUUUGAAAGAAUUAAAGGCUACUCCAAGUUUAUUUGACAGGAAUCAUCAGCACAUUGAUUGUUAUGAGUAAAGCCCAAAUCUCAAAGGUCGACCAUUAUAAGGCAAUUGCAGACGUCUCAGGAAACGUGCAGCUAGUUGUAUGCCUGUUGAAAUGUGAGAAUUGGUCUGAAUAACUGUAUUACCAUGUGAAUCAUAAGUGUGGCUAUAUAUUUAACAGCGUCAAAUGAGAAAAAAGCUAAAUUGAACUUGUUACAUAAUAUUUUGAUCAUUGUUCAAACAAAAACAUGUAGCAAACCAGCCAGCGUCUUGACAAUAUUGUUCAUCCUUCAUUCAAGACUAAAUAGACAAGAGAAUCUCCAUUCAUUGACAAAUCUGUAAACCAUCUUUAUACUUUAAAUAUUUACCUCUGUGCACAAACUCUACCCUGUUUCCCCUAUUAACCAUGGGCACAAUAUGUGGAAGCCACCUUCUCCCUUUCCUGUAGGGAAUUACACGCCAAGCACUCUUCUCCCGUCUUGUUUAAAAUGAGCAGCUCCGUCACUGAAAUGUCAACUUCCCGUCUGACUGAGCACAAGGAAACACACUUCCUGUUCCCUUAUCUUUCAAGUGAAGGAACAGAUUGAAACCGUUUUCCUGUUUUCUUGUCUUAAAGGCAUGAAGAAAGAAAACUGAGGAGAGCAGGAAAAUGUUAAAGAACAACAUAAAUCACGCUGCGUUGAUCACAAAGGCAUUGUCCUUCAAGACAAACGGUGCUGCUCUUGAAUGUUUUUUUUUUUUUCUUUCUUCACCGUAGAAUUUUGUCUGUUUUAGUCUUUUUCUUAAAUUAUUUUAAAGAAAUACCUUAUAAUUCUAUCUAUAUCAUUCUGGUUGUAGAAUUAGACGUCUAAUCACUGGAAUAUGUAACUGCUCAAUCAGAUAAACUGCACAUCUUCUCAUGAUUGAAAUGAUCAGUCAUAUUUCUCAAGUGUACAGAAAGUUGAAGAAAAACUGGAACUGUAACAAAUGGCCUUCAGUUGACUGUACAUGUGAUUGUUCAUUGUUGUUAUCAUAUUUUCUGUAGGUAUGUAUGCGUUGAAUUAUGCGCAGUUUAAAGUGUAUACUGUGUCGUAUGAACAUUUUGAAACAAACAAAUAGUGUCGGAUUUAUUGGGAAGGUCCAGUAGAUGUCAGUAUUGGGCAGUCAGACUAAACAUUUUAGUAUAUGGCUCUUGUGUGUGUUAGAGGGACAGAAAUAUGUGCCUUUUUUCUAUUGUUUCUAUUGUUAAAAAUCUACUUUUGUUUUCUCUUUUGAAACUGACAAUUUUGUAUUUGAAUAAUAAACGUCAUAUUCCAUA